UAAGUUACCUUUAGCUUAGCUUAGCUUUAGCUUAGCUAAUUAGCCGUCUGCAAACAGAAGCUGCUCGCGGUUGUAAACCGGCUGUUUUCCUCAUAAUGAACACGGUUCGUUUCUGACACCCUUUCUGCCUGAAAAGGAGGCCUAAGAGCGGCGUUUUGUGGACGGAAAAGGUGAAAACGUCAGCAUGAAUGCUGCUGCCCUCCAAAUAGGAGACCAGCUGAUCCUAGAAGAGGAUUAUGAUGAGAACUAUAUCCCCUCUGAACAAGAGAUCCACGAAUACGCCAGAGAGAUCGGCAUUGAUCCGGAUCGGGAGCCGGAGCUCCUCUGGCUGGCCAGGGAGGGUAUCGUUGCCCCGCUGCCCCCCGAAUGGAAACCUUGCCAGGACGUGACUGGGGACGUGUACUACUUCAACUUCUCCACCGGUCAGUCCACCUGGGACCACCCCUGUGACGAGCAGUACCGCCACCUGGUGACUCAGGAGCGGGAGCGCGCUCAGCCGCGAUUCAACAGGACUGCGCCCACCGCCUCAGGCUCCGUCCCCACCGCCGCCGCCACCACCGCCAAGAAGGACAAGGAGAAGAAGAAGAAGAAAGACAAGAAGGAAAAGAAAAAGGAGAAGAAGAAGAAUGAGCAGGAGGGACUGAAAGCACCAGGAGCAUUGGGUCCUCUGGCCCCGUUAGGCUCUCUGGCUCCUCUGCGAGGUGUGAGUGAUGCUCCGGUUCCAGCACUGCGUGGUUCCCUGGGCACCUCUGCAGGACUCCAGCCUUUAAAGACUCCACUAGGGGGCAUGUCUGGUGUAAGCUCCAGCUUGCUGAGAGGCCGACCAGUUGAGAGGCCGUCUCUUUCGCCACCCAUAUUUCACUCGGACCAGGAGGACGAUGAAGUGGAGGAGGAAGAGCAGGACAGGGAUUCUGUUCAUGAGAGUCUACGAGGUUCAUCUCGUCUGCUGCAGAACCUGCAUUUGGAUCUGAACGCUCUGGGUGGAGGAGGGCUGCAGUACGAGGACAGUGAGGUGAGUGGCACUGGACCUGCUGAGGAGAAAACUGAACCAGAGCUCCAGGAUCUGGCUCUGUCUGGAGACCACAGUCCAGAACCACCUUCUCAGGAUUCCCUGCGUGGGCGCCACGCUUCUUCCAAGCCACCAGGGGCCAGCAGAGACUGCAGCAGCGCUGAUGUUUUCCCUCCCAGUAGCAGAGAGGGCGAAUUACCCGAUCAAGAGAAGGACGAUGAAGAAAAAACAAGGGAUGAGAGAAAAGAUAGUUAUGAGCUGGAGGAGGACGAGCGUGGAGAGAGGGAGGAAGACAAAUAUGUGAAAGAGAUGGAAGAUGGAAAAUCACAGAAGGAAGAGAAAACAGAGAAAAGCAACAAUAAGGUAAAGGAGGGAGGCGAAGACAGCGGCCGAUCAAGUGGCAAAAAGGAGUUGGGAGCAGAGGAGGGGGAAGAACAGGUAGAUGAAGAAAAGAAAGACAGUGAUGAAGAGAUAGUGGAGGAGAUCAGGGAAGAGAGAAAUACUGUGGACUCUGAGGAAGGAGAAGGGGAUGAAAUAGAUGGAGGAAAAAAGAGAAAUGAGAGUGAUGAGGAUGAGAUUGUUGAAAGAUUUGCAGAAAAAGAGGAGCCUAGAGGGAAAAAUUCACAAGAGGAGGAUGAGAAUGAGGGAGAAGAGGAGGAGAGAAUGGAGGGAAGAAAGACAGAAGAAGGGAAAAUCCCAGAAAACUCGGAAAAAGAUGAGAGUGAUGAGAUUCUUGAGAGAUUCGGAGAAGACAUGGAUGAGUCUAGAGCUGAAGAUUCCAAAGAGGAGGAUAAGAGCAAAGGAGAACACGAGGAGAUAAAGGAAGGAAGAAAGACAGAAGAUGGGAAAAUACCGGAACACUCAGAAAAAGAUGAGAGUGAUGAGAUCCUCGAGAGAUUUAGCGAAAAGCAGGAAGAGUCUGGAUUUGAAGAUUCCAAAGAGGAAAAUGAGAGUAAAGAAGAGGAAGAGAAAAAGCAAAGGAAAAAAGAAGAUAGGGGAAUGCUGGAAAACUCAGAAAAAGAUGAGAGUAAUGAGAUCCUCGAAAGAUUUGGAGAAGGUCAGGAUGAAUCUGGAGCUGAAGACCCCGAAGAAGAGGAUAAGAGCAAGGGAGAACAAGAGGAGAUAAAGGAAGGAAGAAAGACAGAAAAUGGGAAAAUGCUGGAAAACUUGGAAAAAGAUGAGAGUGAGGAGAUCCUUGAGAGAUUUGGAGAAAGUCAGGAUGUGCCUGGAGCUGAAAAUUCCAAAGAAAAGCAUACGAGCAAGGAAGGACAAGAGGAGAUAAAGGAGGAAAUAAAGACAGAAGAUGGGAAAAUGAUGGAAAACUCAGAAAAUGAUGAGAGUGAUGAGAUCCUUGAGAGAUUUGGUGAAGGCAAUGAGUCUGGGGCUGAAGAUUCCAAAAAGGAGGAUAAGAGCAAAGGAGAGCAAGAGGAGAUAAAGGAAGGACAAAAGACAGAAGACGGGGAAAUGCCAAAAAACUUGGAAAAUUUUGACAGCGAUGAGAUCCCUGAGAGAUUUGAAGAAAAGCAAAACAAGUCUAAACGAGGAGCUAAACAUCCUGAAGAGGAGGACGGGAAAGACAGAAAGGAGGGAAGCCAUGAGGAACUGAAAGGAGCAGAUGAAGACUCUGAGGAGGAGGUAGAGAGAUACAUCCACAGUUUGGAGGAAAAAGCAAACGAGGAAGAGAGAGAGAGUGAUGAAGUGAUCAAGAUCUGCAAGGAGCGUGAAGACAUAGCUGUGGAUAAACGAGAAGAAAGGAAGGAAGGAAGUGAAAAAGAAAAGGAAGAGAGCGAUGAGAUAGAGGAGUGGCUGGAAAGAGAGGACAUCAAGAGCGAAGAGGAGGUGGAGAGAUGUGUGAGAAGCUCAGACGAAGAGUGUGAUCGAGGUGAGAAGAAGGCUGGAGCAGAAAGUGAUGAAAAAGAAAGAAAGAAAGAUGGAGAGAAAGACAAUGAUCUAGGGAAAGGAUACCACAAGAUGAAGCCUGAAAACAAAGAACAGCCUAAAAGUAUCACUACACGAAUGGUCAGGACUGCAGACAGCAGCGGUCAGAAAACGUCUGAGAGCGAGGAUGAAGAGGUUGAAUGUUUUGAGAGCCCAAAACUGUUGAAAUUCCAGCCUUCAUCCCUGGAGAAAGGCCCUCUUGGAAAGAAGGUCGUUCCGAAGUGGGAUCGGGUCACCAGUGAGAAGUCAGAGGUCAGUGAGCAUAUUGAAGACGUGUCCUGCCGUUCUGAUGAUGUAAAGAUGGGUUUCCACUCCAAGUUUUCAGAGAACAUUCUAGACCUGACAGAGCUUUCUCCAGCUGAGCCUUCAGCAACGCUGGAUGAAAAGAAGAAGGACGAGAGAGUGGAAGACAGUGAUGUGGAGGGGGAUCUGAGAGCAGUCAGCAGCAGGCGCCUGCGAACCACACACUUGGACGAGCCUUCCUCCCCUCCGUCCUCGUCCGCCCACUCCAGACCCUCCAGCCCACAGCAGGAGCGGCUCAAAACCAGCAGCAGCAACAACAGCGCCCCCUUCUGGCCCAGACCGGAGACGGCCCGCGGGAGGUUAACCAGGAGCGCUCCUGCUAAGGAAGAGGACGAGGAAAAGAUAGAGGAGGAGAAAAGGAAGCAAGAAGCAGAGGGAAAAAGAAAAAUGGAACAGAAAGAGAGAGAGGAAGAGAGGGAGGAAAGCCAGAGAAGGGAGGAGAGAAAGCAUGCAGAGAUGGAGAAAGGACGAGAAGAGGGAAAGAGGAAUGGAGGAGAAAGAGAAAAAUCUACCUUGCGUCUGCUCAGAGAGCAAGCCAGCAAAGAAGAGGAGAAGGAAAGGGAGGAGGAGAGAAGACUGCAACGGAAGAGAGAGCAGGAGGAGAGAAGGAGGGAGGACGAGAGGGAAACGGAGAGACAGAUAGAGGAGGAGAGACGGAGGGCGGUGGAGGAACGAGAGAGGAGACUGCGCCUCCUCCGAGAGGAGCUGAGGAGAGAGGAGGAGGAGGAGGAGCAAAGGAUGAAGGAAGAGAAUGAGGAGAGGCUCAGGGCUCUUAAGCAGAGACUGCAGAUAGAGCGGAGGGAGGAGGAGGAUCGUCUGGGCCAGGAGACACAGACCAAACUCCAGCAGCUCAAAGAGCAGACGCUGAGAGAGCGAGAGACAAAGAUACACACUCUCAGAGAGGAGAACGAGGUGCGCCUGAGAGAGGUGCGGUCAGAACUGGAGGCGGAGCGAGAAAGGCUGGAGGAGCAGAGGAGGCGGGACCUGGACGCGGUGAAGGCGGAGUCAGAGGAGGAGCUUCAAGCUGAGAGGAAGCGGCUUCAGGAGAGGAAGGAGGAGCGAUUAAAUUCACUCAAACUGGAGGGCAGAGCGAGUGACCGACAGAGGGAACUGAGGAGUCCUCGACCUGAACAGCAGCUGUCCGAGUACCAGAGAGAGCUGUCUGAGGUGUUGCAGGAAGUGAGGGAGGAAGUGCAGAGGGAGCACAACAGGAAACUGGAGCAAAUUAAAGAAGAGCACCGGCACCAACUGCACACCAUCAGAGUCACACACAUGGAGGAGGAGAGCAUGCAGAGGGAGCGUCUGCUGAGCGCUCUUCAGGAGGAGAGAGAGAGGCUGCUUUCCUCUCAUACGACUCGGCUGGAGCAGCUCAGACUGCAGCUCGACUCUCAGCUCCACAACAUUCGCAAAACACACGCACAGAAGGAGGCUGAUGUACAGCAGCUGAUGGAGCAGCUGGAGCUGAAAGCCAAAGAACUCAAAACUCAGGAAGCAAGAUUGCAGGCUCAGGCAGCUGAUUUGAAGAAGAGGAGGCAACAGUUGGGCGAGGAAGAAGAGGAAGUAGAAAGAGGCUUAGAGGUCCUUCCCCGUCUCCAUAAAGAGAGGGAUCGCCUGUGUGCCGAGCUGGAGAGACUGAGAGAGGAGAGAGACCGAGCAUGGGAGGAGCUGGAGAGAGAGAGGGAGGAGAGGAAGAGAGCGAAGAGCGAGCUGGAAAGGGAAAAGGAGGAGAGGAAGAGAGCGAGGGAUGAGCUGGAGACAGAGAAGGAGGAGAGGAAGAGAGAGAGAGAGGAGAACGCAAAGAUGAGAGAGGAGAGAGAGAGACUGCAGACCAAAGUAUCUCUGCUGCAGGACAGGUGUGACCGCCUCAGCCGGAGAGUCAGUGAGCUGGAGCAGAGAGAGAGUGCAGAGCGCGAGGAGGAGAGGAAGAACAACAGAGAAAGGGAUGGAGACAAAGAAGAGACUCUGCGAGUGCAGGACCUGCAGCCUCCUCUCUCUCCUCUGCCAGCGUCCCGGGAGAGUCAGAGCAGCAUCGACGAUUUGAGGGAGUACAUCUCGUGUGAAGGCGUUUCUCUGCAGAGAGCUCGUCGGUUUUUAGAGAGACAGACGGGCAGUCUGAGAGAGAGACAAGCAGCUCUGAGAGCAGCACAUACCACCUUGGAGGACCCCUCACCAGGGGGCUUCACCAACCAGCUCUACCACAACCUUCAGCAGGAGGCGAGCCAUUUGGAGGAACUGAGGGAGACGGUGCAGAAAGGUCAGAGUCUCCUCAGAAAGAAGGAGGAGAAACUCAGCCAGCUGGAGACCUCGCUGGCUGAGGAGCUGUCCUGUGACGAUGGCGAGAGGCUGGUGGGAGACCGAAAAGUCACGUUUGACGUCACAGAUUCAGACAUCAGCAGCACGUAUGGCCAAGAAGGAACAGCCCCCACAGUUCCACUGAAGGUGCAGCAGUUGGCUGAGUCACUCCAGCACAUCUCCGGUCAGUUGAACACAGUGUUGGGGGCGUUAGGGUCCCUCACCCAGAGUACAGCGACCCCUCUGGCCCCUCUGAACCCCUUCCAGCCGCUCUCUCGACCGUCUCAUCCACCCUCCUCUCUUCCUCCUGCCCCUGCGUGGGCGUGGCCUCCAAGCCCCGCCUCCUCGUCCAUCGUCAAUCAGAACGGGUUCACACGCAGCAGCGUUAAUGGCGUCACGGCGACGCGCGGAUCUGAUCUGCUUGGCUCUCAUUGGAGCAAAUUCCUCCCUGGGGUUUCCGUGGAUACCAGUGCACCCUUUCCCUCAAGAGCUCAACCUGCGUAUUCUGGAUACACUCCGGCGAGUCUCUCCUCUAUGCAGUCUAAAACCUCAGAGAUGGACAGCCAGACACUGCAGGGUCUGAUUGAAGGCAACAAAAGAUGGCUGGAAACACGACGCAAAGACCCCAACAUGCCGCUGUUCUCACGCUACAGGACCCCCCCCUCCAUGAGUGGUUUGGUCCAACUCGGUCUGGACGAGAACAAUCAGAUAAAGGUGUACCAUUACUGACCAGGGACGGAAAGAGGGAGGUUUAAUGUGUCUGUGUUUUACACUAUAAUAGAGUUCAGAGUGAGAAAGAGACAGUCUGAGAGACUGAUAACAGCACUUACAGUGUCACUGUCACGUCAGAACCUUGUACCUGUUUCAUUCUUUCGUUUUUAAAUGGUGUGAAUAUUUCAUGAUGAAUGGACCAAUAAUGAUCCAGAAUGACCUCUUACAGUUUUUCCUGUCCAUUUAUCAUUUCAGAUACGAGGCUUUGCUGUGACAGUGACAAGAUAUAACACAAAAGGCCCAUGAAGCACUAAGAGAGCUAGAACUAUGAGACAGAGACAUAAAGAGGGACUAUAAACUAAGAAAACAGGUUCCUUCAGAAGUAAAGACCCUGUUUUGCCUCUUAAAAGUUCUUCCUCAGGUACAGUGUCCUUCUUACGGACAGCGUUAGAGACACACAGUAUAUAGACAAAAAAUCUCGACUGAGACGCUCACUGUCCACCUUAUCAGCUCCACUUAAUAUAGCUGCACUCUGUAGUUCUACAGUUACAGACUGUAGUCCAUCUGUUUCUCUGAUACAUUGUUACCCUGUUCUUCAGUGG